AGUGGCAUAUUUAAGUAAUAUCUCACCAUUUUCAUUUCAUAUAAACUUUCAGCUCAAAACAGUUAACGUUUUUUCCCAAAAUCCAAACUUUUCCCCUUUAAAUUGAAUAAAAAACCCCUAAAAAUCCCUUUUUUUUACCUGAACAAAAUUCAAAAAUCUCAAUUUGAUCUGAUUCAAUUAAUCCACCAAUUUAUUCCUAAUUUUUAAUUAUUUUAUUGUAUUUAACUAAAUUUAAUUGUAUAUUUGGAUUCACAUAUUUUAAUUAGCAGCUAUGCCAGUGGCAGCUUCAGCAAUAUACUUUUUGAAUCUUCGUGGUGAUGUCCUUAUUAAUCGCCUUUAUCGGGAUGAUGUUGGGGGGAAUAUGGUAGAUGCCUUCCGGAUGCAUAUAAUGCAGUCAAAAGAACUUGGUACAUGUCCCGUCCGGCAGAUCGGAAGCUGCUCUUUCUUGUACAUGAGAAUUAGCAAUGUCUAUGUUGUGAUUGUUGUUAGCAGCAAUGCAAAUGUUGCAUGUGCAUUCAAGUUUGUUGUUGAGGCUGUUACACUAUUCAAAUCUUAUUUUGGUGGUGCCUUCGAUGAAGAUGGCAUCCGCAAUAACUUCGUUUUGAUUUACGAGCUAUUGGACGAAAUUAUGGACUUUGGGUACCCUCAAAAUCUUUCACCUGAAAUUUUAAAACUCUACAUUACUCAGGAAGGUGUCCGGUCAUCCUUUUCAUCCAAGCAUGUAGAUAGGCCAGUUCCAAAUGCAACAUUGCAAGUAACUGGUGCGGUCGGUUGGCGAAGGGAGGGUCUUGUUUAUAAGAAGAAUGAGGUAUUUCUGGAUAUUGUGGAGAGUGUUAAUCUCCUUAUGUCUUCAAAAGGUAGCGUCCUCCGUUGUGAUGUAACUGGAAAAGUUCUCAUGAAAUGCUUCCUUUCUGGAAUGCCUGAUCUCAAGUUGGGCUUAAAUGAUAAAAUUGGUCUUGAGAAAGAGUCACAACUCAAGUCCCGUCCGACUAAGAGCGGUAAAACUAUUGAGCUCGAUGAUGUUACUUUCCACCAAUGUGUAAAUUUGACAAGAUUCACCUCAGAAAAGACUGUCAGCUUUGUCCCGCCUGAUGGUGAAUUUGAAUUGAUGAAGUACCGCAUUACUGAAGGAGUAAAUCUUCCUUUCCGCGUAUUACCAACUAUCAAAGAAUUAGGCCGUACACGUAUGGAAGUGAAUGUUAAGGUUAAGAGUGUGUUUGGUGCAAAAAUGUUUGCCCUUGCAGUAGUUAUUAAAAUUCCAGUGCCAAAGCAAACUGCGAAAACAAACUUCCAGGUGACGUCAGGGAGAGCAAAGUAUAAUCCAGCCAUUGACUGUUUGGUCUGGAAGAUACGAAAAUUUCCGGGGCAGACGGAGUCAACAUUGAGCGCUGAGGUUGAGUUAAUUUCGACAAUGACAGAGAAGAAGUCCUUGACUCGGCCACCAAUUCAGAUGGAAUUUCAGGUUCCCAUGUUUACAGCAUCUGGAUUGCGUGUUCGGUUUCUCAAGGUGUGGGAGAAGAGUGGCUACAACACCGUUGAAUGGGUUCGUUAUAUCACCAAAGCUGGUUCGUACGAAAUUAGGUGCUAAGAAGAUGAAACAACUUACGUGAGUUUGAGGUUGUCGUUGAUUGAUAACCAGCGUAAAAUACUCUAUUUGAGGGAUGCAAUCAUACCAACGCUUAUGCACCGGAUCCUAUCAGCACUUACGCAAGAAUAGUACUAGGAUGGACGACCCCCAGAGAGUUCUCGUGUUUCAUCCUUUGUCGACACCACCUAGUUUGGAAUUGAGGCAAAGCUUGCCUUGUUUUUUGUUUUUUGGUUUGUUUCAUAUAUUUUUCCACAGAAAUUACUAACUCAUAUCUUAUCUGGUUCCUGGAAAUGAAUUAGCAGUUCUUUUACCUGAA